AUGGCGAUGGCGUCGUCAUGCUGCUUUGAUCUUAACACUCUUCCUCCACAGAUUAAUCUUCCACUGGCAAAAGUCAUCACUGACGAAGAUCUGGAGAUGAAGAAUCUAGGAAUAGUGAAUUGGUCGCCAUUCUGCUGGGAUCUUAAUGUUACUCCUCCACAGGUUAAAUUUCAUUUUCCUCCUCCUCCUCCACAGAUUAAUCUUCCACCUGCCAAAGUCAUCACUAACGAAGACGGACACUAUAUAUUUGGGAUUGAGGCCUCUCUGACACCAAGAUUGUUUGAGAAGCUCGGCCUUAGUCUACAUGAUCUUCUUCGGAAGAAUAGCUAUGGAUCUUUGCCACUUGAUCUAGUCCGCGAUAUUGGCAGGCAGCUACUGAAGUCUAUUGCAGUCAUGCACGAGCUACAAUUUAUUCAUACGGAUCUAAAGCCCGAAAAUAUUCUCUUGGUCUCCUCGGACUUCAUGACGAUUUCUGAUCAUAAGGUUAGUUCUCGAUCGUCUCAAUGCAAUUUGCAUCUACCGACAUCAAAUGCUAUCAAAGUCAUAGAUUUUGGAAGUUCGACAUCUGGGUAUCAGAAACAUAGACAUUUGAUCACGACGAGGCCUUACCGUGCACCUGAAGUCAUUCUUGAUAAAGGAUGGAGCUAUCCCUGCGAUAUGUGGAGCAUCGGUUGCAUUUUGAUAGAACUUUGCACCGGUGGAGCGUAUUUUAGGACUCCCCAAGACUUGGAGCACUUAGUGAUGAUGGAGGCAAUGUUGGGUCCCUUGCCACGCCAAAUACACACCGCACUCCAGGAAGCACUGGAAUCGAAGUCGUCAAAACAAUAUAUUUCACAGGAAAGAUUGAUAGACAUCUUCAUGUUGGAUUCCGUUGAGAUAAUAAUCAAAUCAAACCUCCUCAUCAUUCUGAAUUUGAAAUUGCAAGAUUUGGUGAUGAGCCACAUCAAUGAUUCUGCUAAUGCUAAUUAUGAUCUAGUGGACCUUCUUCAGAGGCUUCUCCGCUACGAUCCAGCUGAGCGUCUCAAGGCCAGAGAUGCACUUACACAUCCCUUCUUCGCUCGCUAUUAA